AUGGACAAUGAUGACGAAAAUGGAUAUGAUCCUCGAGAUUUUGUUUACUCUCAGUCAAGUGAUUCUGGUUCGGAUGAUGAAAUAAGCAAUUUUAAUACUAAGCAAUUUAAAAGUCCAAUGUAUGAUGAAUACAAAGCAUCUGGGUCAAAUUUGAUUUCUAGAAAUAUUAAUAACAACUUUGCGGAUCAAAAAGAGUUAGUCACGGAAUAUUAUAACAGUGAAGACGAAAAUUCGAUGGACUCAUUUUGUCGCAAAUUGCAGAAACUGGAUGUUGAUACGUCACAAUAUACCUUAUCUUUUUCUAAAUUAUUAUCUUCUGAUUCCUCUGAUUCAACAAAUUAUGAUGACCAACGUUUGAAAACCCUUCAAAAUUGUUCCCAAUUUGCCUGUAUUCGCUUAUCAGAUGCAUAUUGUCAUGACUCCAAACAUGUCAAAUUUGAAAAUAGCACGCCUCAUUCCACUGAUAAUUAUUUGCAAUUCAAUUACGACCACUCGGAAUGCGAUACAACAUUACAACAUAAUCAUACAUCAUCAAAUUCAUAUGUUGAUAAGAAGCAAUCAACAAACACAUCAGUAUAUCAGUUGCGUCAUCGCCGUACCACAUUGCCUAAAUCAUUGAUUGAUCCAACGACUAAGCAACCAACCGAAUCUUUAUCCUCGUAUUCUCAUCAAAAGAAGUCAUUGAAAAAUCAAAUUAAAAACGCACUACCGACACGUUCAAAUCCCAAACGCUCUUCAACCAUCACCCUACCCUCGUAUGAAAAUCUUCAAAAAGUAAGAAAAUUAAUAAUCUGUAAGAAAAUGAAUUGUGGGAAAUCAUUUGCCAGCGAAGCAGAGUUAGAAGCACACGAACAAACAGUACAUCCAUACAUAUGCCAUUAUCGAGGAUGUAAUUCGAGAUUUGACAGAUUGGAACAUGUUAACAAACAUAUGCAAACACAUACGGAUAUAUUUCCAAGGGAAUGCGAGAUACCAGGAUGUGGUGUGAUGUAUUUUACAAGAAAAUCAUAUCAAAAUCAUCUGAUGAAGCAUGGAAGGUUAGAAAGAAUGCGUUCACGAAUAGAUGUAGAGAAAACAAAUCGAUCUAAGAAUGUGAAUAUUCAGAGGAAGAAUUACGUGCGUGAAACAAAUACAAAUACCGAAGGAUUUAUAGCACGUAACGAAAAAGAUAAAGUAAGCGUGAACGAAAAAGAUAAAGUAAGUGUGAACGAAAAAGAUAAAGUAAGCGCGAAAAAUAAAAGACAUGGAGUAAACGAAGAUAGUAAAGGACAUAAAAUAAAUAAGGAGAAUAAAAGAUGUAGAGUAAAUGCAGAUAAUAGAAGUUCAGAAGUAAGCGUAGAUAGAGUUGUGAUAGUGAUAACGGAUAUAAACAAAUAG